GCUGCGAAACCGCAAAAUGCUCUCCAGAACACAGCUUUUACUGGUCGUCGUCGGGUUCUGCCUGAACGCAGCCGCUUUAGGAGAUGUGGACUGCAGCAAGCGGCCCAAGUUUGUCGAUCCGAAGACAUGCUGCCCCAUGCCGGACUUGAUCACUGCAGAGCUGAAGGAGAAGUGCAAGUCGUUCGACACGACACCCCCACCCAGGCCCACUGAUGCCAGCGGUUCGUUCGAGAGCAAACGUCGUCACCACCAUCCACAUCCCCCACCGUGCCUGAUGGAGUGCAUCUUUAAUGAGACGGGCAUCUAUCAGAACCGGCGUUUGGACGAGACCAAGCUCGAGAGCUACAUCAAUGUGGUGUUCGCUGAUAGCACGGAUCUCCAAAAUGUUGCCACGCAGGCGUUCGUCACCUGUGCCGAAAAGGUGGCCGAUUUCGAGGCCAAGUUGAGUACCGAGCGUCCACGCCCAUCUCCGCCACCGGGCAUGCCCGUCUGCGCCCACGAUGCCGGCCACCUGAUGGGCUGUGUCUUCAAGAAUAUGAUGAAAAACUGCCCCGACUCCAUCAGGAACGACGACCAAGAGUGCACUGAUUUGCGCGAAUUCUUUAUCAACUGCAAGCCACCUCGCGGUGGUCCACCAUUCUCAUCCGAGAAGGCCUAGACUCUCAAGGAACCCAUUUAAAAGCUCCUAAGGGAGUGCAUCAUUAGGCAGGACACUUAAUGUUCCCCCAACAGAGUUAGGGCACGCGACCCAAUAAAUUUUAAAGCUCAA